AUGGGAUUCGUAGACGGCUGCUUGGAUGUAUUCCGAGGACGAAAAACAGGCGAUUGCCACGAAGAAAUGGACGGCAAUCGCUUCGAGGGAUGGUUCGGCGACGUGCUGCAGAAGUUGCCAGCUGGUAGUGUCAUUGCUUUGGACAAUGCACCUUACCACUCCCGGCGAGAAGAGAAAUUGCCGACGACGUCCUGGAAGAAGGAAAACAUACAAGAGUGGCUGAAUAGCAAGGACAUCGCCUACAGCGCGACGUUAGUGAAGAGGCAGCUGCUUGAGUUGGUGGCAUCUGUGAAGCCACGCUUUCUCAGCUACAUCAUAGACAACGCAGCUGCAAGGGCCGGUUGCGUUGUGCUCAGGCUCCCGCCGUACUACUGCGAAUUCAAUCCCAUUGAGCUCGUGUGGGCAAAGCCCAUCGUCAUCCAAGUGGGGGAAGAUGACAGUGAAGAAAGCUACUCUGACUGCGAGCUGUCCGGCAUUGAGCCCUACGAGGAAGCUUAA